AUGCACGCUGGUUUAACGCUGGUUGCAAUAACUCUAUUCAUAGUAGUCAAUGCAAAACCCCUAGAUGAUGACAUGCUAUUAUAUUGGAGGAAAAACGAUGCUGGGAAAUGUGAACCUUUCACUACGUACUCUAUAGGCUGCAAUAAAUGCGUUUGCAGUGCUGAUGGAACUACUUUUUGCACUAGAAUGGUUUGCCAUAAGUCUACGAAUUCACUAUCCGAAGGUUCAACUGAAAACGAUAUACGAGCCAUAAAACUACCUUCUGCAGAAAAAGAAGAUGCAGCGUCAGAACAGAAAGAGAGAAGGGAAUGA